GGCUAGCCUCUGUCCAUGUUAGUUGUCAAAGCUAUGUUUGUAAUUGAUAGUAAAAUACAGCUGAUCUCUGUUUACAUUCUAUCGCUUUCUAAAGAAAUAAGAGGACAUAUUAUAUAUCAAUUGUUUUCAAUGCAAAUAAAAAUAAUAAAUUCAAAUGAAAAAGUUAAUUAUGGAAAAGAGAUCUUUUAACCUUGUUAUUGGUGUUACUGGAAGUGUAGCGGCAUUAAAACUACCCAUUCUGGAGAAAAGUUUGAUGGAAUUAAAUGAAAAACUACAGGACUAUAAAAUUCAAAUUCAUAUCAUAGCAACUGAAUAUUCUAAACAUUUUUUUCAAACUGAUGAGAUAAUAAGUAAGAUUUAUGACGAUACUUGUGAAUGGGAAACAUGGAAGAAGAGAGGUGAUCCAGUUAUGCACAUAGAAUUAGGCAAAAUCGCUGACAUGAUGGUUAUAGCACCUCUAGAUGCAAAUACAUUGGCAAAAUUAUCAACAGGAAUAUGUGAUAAUAUGCUUACCUGUACAGUUAGAGCAUGGGACUUUAAAAAACCUUUGCUGUUCUGUCCAGCUAUGAACACUCGAAUGUGGGAACAUCCAAUCACAGGAACACAAAUUGCACAAUUAAAGAGUUGGGGUUAUGAGGAGAUACCACCAAUAAGCAAAUUGUUAAUGUGUGGAGAUGUUGGAGUAGGUGGAAUGGCUGAGGUUGGCACCAUUGUGGAAAAAAUUAAAGAAACAGCCGACCGGCUGUUUAAGGCUUUGUAGGCAAAAAGGGUAUGUCUGGCACUUGUGGGAUAAAGAACCAUCAAAAUUCAUUAACACCCUCAAAAUGGAUAUAAAUUUUGAUAUAUUAUGUUAUAUACAGAUAAUUGUUAUGAUUGAAAAAUGUGGAGUGAAUUUUUAAUUAAAUAAAAACCAUUGUAAAAUGUU